AUGUCGGCGAGAAAGGCGCCGGCGGCCAAGGACAACGCGAACGUGAGCGUCUACUGCCGCAUCCGGCCGCUGUCGAAGCGCGACACGGACCACGGCGGCGUCGUGACGAUCACGACCGACGGGUCCCGCGCGGCCCUGACCCACGCCGGCGAGGUCCACAACUUCGCCUUCGACAAGGUCUUCGACCUCGACGCGACGCAGCAGCAGGUCUUCGACGGCGUCCGCGUCAGCGACAGCGUGAACUCGGUGCUCGGCGGCUACAACGCGACGAUCUUCGCCUACGGCCAGACGGCGAGCGGGAAGACGCACACCAUGGAGGGCGCGGACAUCGGGGACCCCGUCACGCGGGGCAUCAUCCCGCGGGCCGCGGCCGCGCUCUUCGCGGGCGUCGCCGAGGCGCCGGGCGAGAUCGAGUUCGCGAUCAAGGUGAGCUUCGUCGAGAUCUACCUCGAGCGCAUCCGGGACCUGCUCGACACCUUCGGCCAGAAGAAGACGAACCUGCAGAUCCGCGAGGACCCCAACUCCGGCAUCUACGUCGCGGGCUGCACGGAGACGUUCGUCACGUGCGAGUCCGAACUACUCAAAUGCAUGCACCUCGGCCACCGGAGCCGCGCGACGGCGGCGACGGGCAUGAACGAGGGCUCGAGCCGGUCCCACUCCGUGCUGAGUUGCACCGUGCAGCAGAAGAACACGGAGACGGACGCGACGCGCGUCGGCAAAUUGGUGCUCGUGGAUUUGGCGGGGUCGGAGAUGGUGCGGAAGACGCACGCCGCGGGCCAGCAGCUCGAGGAGGCCAAGACCAUCAACAAGUCGCUGAGCGCCCUGGGCCAAGUCAUCAACGCGCUCACGGACGACAAGAAGGCGCACGUGCCCUACCGCGAUUCCAAGCUCACGCGCAUGCUCCAGGACUCGCUCGGCGGCAACGCGAAGACGGCGUUGAUCGUCGCCUGCAGCGCGUCGACGGAGAACUCCUUCGAGACGCUGUCGACGCUGCGCUUCGGCCAGCGCGCCAAGGCCGUCAAGAACAAGCCCAAGGUCAACGAGCGCAAGUCCGUCGAGGAGCUCACGGCGCUGCUCCACAAGGCCGAG